UUGGUGCCUUUUGGAGCGGGGAAAACAUCUCCCCAUCGGUAGACGUAAGAUGUACUUCCGGGAUGACCCUACGUAAGCUCUCUUAUUCUUCUUCCUUGGUUUUAUGGCGGUUGGCAAACAGCUCAUAUGUGCAUUACCGCCACCUUCUGAGCUGAAGUGUGGAAUAGAAUGAAUUACGUAGCCUAUUAAACUCGAUAAGCCCUGUUGCUUCUAGGAACCCAAAAGCCACCACGAACAGUUCCUGAGUUCCUCCUCAGUAAUUCUGUCAGAUUUAAUGUUUUUUUAUUUCUUUGGGAUGCUGUUCUGAGUGUAUAUCUCUGGGUUUGGUACGACGUAAAAGCUGAAGACGUAACUCUUCUAAUAAAUGGGAAAGUAACGCUUGUACCUCUAAUGUGGGGAAGGCUCAGCUGGAAAUCAAAAAAGACUGAAAUUAAAGGUGGGGCAGGCAUGUUUUUUUGUGGUGUAUGUACAAAAAAGCUUUUAAUAUCAGUCAAUAGCUAUUAGUUAUUGAUGACAUUUGGGAAUAUCACGAUAACGCUGGUCCACAGCCUCAUAAGCUUUGCUAGCAGAGGCGGGAUUUAUGACCUAUACUGCAGCCCAUCACCAGAGGGUGCUGUUCUCGGAGUGGCUUCACCCAGCGAGGAGGCAGACGGCGUCUAUUCUAUAUACAGUCUAUGGUUGUGAGGCAGAUGCUGCUCCCUCAUGUUGUGUGGCACGCUCCCUUCUUGAAUAACCUGCACGAGCUCAAACAAAGUUAGCGUUGCUACGAUAUCGGACAGUCGAAACCAUAGAAAGUACGGAAAAUUGUCUGAAUCCUCCUUUGGCCACGACUGCCAACACAAGCAAAGAAACGAAGUAAAUACCGGAGACCCUGGCGGAAUAACGAGACUUUAAAAGGAGGUAGACAAGAGGUGAAAAGCCAGGUUAAAAAAAUCAUAAUUUAAGAAAAGCUGGAGCAAAAAUGACCCACUUAAAAAAAGCUUCCACUUCCUGUCCUCCUUCAUUUAGUGUAUCACUCUGCAGAGGCUAGGCCAGAGUACUGCAUCGCUUUUGGACUUUGUGUAGUCAUGUAUCAGCAAAAACACAUGACUAAUCAAGGUCAUUUUCCAUUCAAGUCUAAUGUGCUCUUUUAUUAUAACGUUAACUGAGUUAAUCAAUACAGUGAAAACCAACAUGCGAUAAUAAUUCAGGCUCUUGUAAGCUGUUUAAUUUCAUCUAUCAUAAUUCUCUCCCUUGGGGUAUGUAAGUGCAACUUCCCAACAUUCAAGAACACUUUCCUUUUUUCACGUGUUUCCCCUACAUUCAUUCAGUAGCACUGCCGCUGCUGAAUUACAUGCGCCGUAACUCAGCAAAAGACAUUUAAUCCACUUAAAAGACAUUUGAUCCGUCCCGGGAGAGGGUUUAGAGUCUUGUAAGAGGUUAAAUUGAGUUUCAAACAUCUCUCAGCUUCGACAGGAGGAUGGUUCCGGAGACGAAACCUAUUCCUGGCCCAACCAUGAAGUUUGUAAGUCUUCAAAACUGACCUCUCAUGCACUGUUUCCUGUUUUUGCAGUGUUGUUUUCUCUCACAAUCAAAGGAAAAACAGCCUCCGCUGGAAAAUGUAAAACUCAUUUCAAAGGAAUGAUACAAUGACCACUGUUCCUUGGAAAACCACAGGCUACAAAGACACUGUACAAACCCGUAUUUGACAUUCUGUGGUCCAAAACAAGGUGACGUCAGCAGGUGACACAGUUUCAUUUGUCACGCCAUGACGCCAAACUUUCCAGUCUGUGUCAGAAUGAAAAUUGAUGCUUCUAUUUGCAUGAAAAAUGUCAGAUACGCAGGGACACAGUUUCAUGAUAAAAUGUAAAGUUGUCACCCUGGGAGAGCGAUAGUAAAAUAAUAGUAAUUAAAACAAAAACAACCUUGUCAUCUGUACUUUUUAUUCCUUAGUCCCAUAUUUUUAUAUGCAACUUGCACAUUUGAUCUUAUUUCAGUGGACUCAAAGCACUUCACGGUUGCAGAAAAUUUAUGUUUUUACAAGAAAAUGUGUUUGAAACAGCAAAUUAACUCAGUGUCAACAAUGAUGACUUUUAAAAACCCUAUAUCAUUACAACUCUUUUUAUAAUUCUGCAAAAUGUAAAAGUUUUAUUGGAUUUUAUGACUUUAUUUAAAGCGAUCAUGUAGUCUGUUGUAUUUACUUUAAUUGCAAUUACUUUAAAUUCCUUUAUCAGGACUCAGAAACAAAAUUUCCUGCAGCAAGACUGUUAUUAAGUUUUCAUAGAAGCUUCAUCCACUUCAUUCAAUCCAUCCACCCUCCCACACCUUUCCUGCAUCACCACCCCUGAGCAUCAGCGCAAACGUUUGCUGAUUUAAAUCUUUCCCGCAGGUAUCGAACGCUCACAGAGGAGCAGAAACACCUGAACGAAGAGCAUCUCCGCAUCUCAACAUCUGAACCUUCACUGCACAGGUGAGUCUCACUGCAGGGAAAACCAGACAUUUAAAAAGGCCUGAACAUCUUUGUUGGCCCCUUUAAAUGUUAAAAUUCAUGUUUUUAAUUCUUGUUCAAUUUUUCAUAGAUUUCUUAAAUUUAUCAAGACAAAUGUCAGUGUUUUACUUGGCAUUAUGUACAAUAGUUAAAAAAGUCACCAGCUCUCAUUUUAAAAAAUCGAUGAUUUAAGAGUGUUAUCUUUUCUUUUUGUUUAAUUUCUCAUUAAAUUUUAAUUAAUUUGAUCCCUGGGUUUUAAACAUAGCUAAAAUUUUUCAUGUUUCUGCAUCAGUUUUUUUAAAGACUUACCUCCAUGAUUUUUGUUGAUGUGAUCUGUGUUUAGCUGUUUGCACCACAUGUUCAUUUACUAAAUUAAAUCACUCUCGAGACUAUAAAAACAAAAUACACAUUUGCACUUUUUUGAAAUGACAUUAAAAAUUGUAGCUUGAAAAAUAUGAUGGAUGUCACAAGGAAGUGAUCAGACUUAAAACGGCCUUUAAAUGUGUUUUAAUUCACCUGACUAUAUUUCCUCCACAGAUAUGGAGCGAGGAUUGAUCCUGUUGGUUGCUGCCACUUUGAUGGUUUAUAUGGCACCUGGUGUCCGAGGAAAAGCCCAUCUAUCAUUAUCCGAGGACACACAGGUUGGCUUUCUAUCAGUUUUAUUGUCCCUGUGUAAAUAACAUCUUGAUCUUAUUAUUUUACCUGUGAUAUUUGUUUAAUGACUUCUUUAAACACUUGCAGUCACUUACAGUAAUGGUCCUAUGAGCUUUGUAUCAUCUGUUUAGCUUGAAUCUGCGCUUUUAUUCUUUAUGUUUUAGGAUUGUAAAACGAUUGUUCAUUUUUCCAAACACACUCAUUAAAAUAUAAAAUCAAACAAGUGUUUUUGAACCUUAGAGUAACAAUAAAUCAUUUUUAGUUCAAGUGUUUAUGAAUUUUUUUUUAUCACUUUCUUUGUCGCACAUUUGCCUUAUCAAAAGAUUCUUAACUUACUUUAAAUCUCCUUUUGUUUGCGCUUUCAAAUGCGACUUUAAACAUGAGAUCACUUUUAAAGUUUUUUAAGAAUCAUGUGUAGAAGAAUAACAUGUAACCACUCUGUUUACUCUCACUUGAACCGUUCACAUAGAGGAGAUAAAAGAAGUAGAAUACAUGCUGUUCAUUCAUUCAUUCAUUCAUACAUUUGCAGAAAACUUCAGGCCACCCUGGUCGACAAAGGCUGGACGACGAGUUAGUCACUCAGGUACCUCUCAAAAAAAUCGCACCAGCAGUUUAACACGUCAUAACAAACAACUUGCAGAAUCAGCUGAAAGAAUAUCAGUGAUUUUUUUUAAUGCCAAUCAUUGCCAGGCUAUUCAUAUUAUUUUAAUAUCGACAGGUGUAAAGAUGAUGUUUUUAAUGUGUGAUUACCAGGUGAACAUCACUCGGGAUGGCUGCGGAGUCACAAAACUAUGCAUGGAGACACCUGAUAACUGUGAUCCCUCUUCGACCGGCACCUGCCUGUUUGCAUCAGUAGUU